AUGACCAUUCAAAAUGAAGCCUUUUGCCAGUCCUAUGGUUGUCUCGAUCUUAACCAGAACCUGUCUGAAGGAGGAAGCCACGAAUCACCGUUUCAAUCCUCUAAGCACCGUUCCACGCCAAACCUACUAGCUCUAUCUAAAAGUCAGAUGGAGAGGAUUCAGAUCAUAUCUGAGUUCCAUGAUGGUGAAGAAGUACUUGUAAGUGAUCUGAAAACUGUCGUUAAGGUGUACAAAUAUCCAUUAGAAAAAUUGGGUAUACUUACCUCAACGGAAAUAAAUAAUCUGUUCUAUUCAAUUGAAGCUAUUAUACCAGUUUUUGAAGGAUUAGCAAAUAGUCUUUCAUCAGAAGUGAAUAAAUAUUUCAGCAUACCAUGCAUAGGAAUGAUCUUAUAUCUGUGGUUGGGUCUUGAAGUAAUAACAAAGCCACAACCUGAUUACCUUAAUUAUGGACGUAGAUGUUAUCCAUAUCCAACACAGAAUUAUGUUCAGUCUAUCUGUGAGAGUUACAUCGAGAUGAUGCCUUCAUCAAUAAAACUUCUCUUGGAUUAUUCAGCCCACUUAUAUGAAGCACGUAAAUAUUUUGAGGCUUUACGCGAACAAAAGCCUGCUUUUACUGAUUUUCUUUCACGUUGUUCACAUACACAUUUCAGUAAACGUUUGGAUUUGUGGCAUUUCUUGGAAUGUCCCAAAAGCAGACUGACUAGGUAUCCUUUAUUACUGAAUCGACUGAUCGAAUUGACACCUUCAACCGAUCCAGAACUCAGUCAUUUACUCGUUGUGCGGUCCGCCUUCACCUUUAUAAUUGACGAGUUAAACCGUCGAGUUGGUGAAGCUAUGCGUAAUUUGUACUUAAAAUGCAUAGGAUUCCACGGCAACUUAGAAUUACAGUACAAAGAUAUGGUAUGUCAUCAGAAAUCACUGUUAUUGAAAGGCAAUCUGCAUACUGAUAUUGGGGAAGUAGCCGUUUUUGUUUUUCCUCAAUUAAUGCUUAUAACAAUAAGUUCUGAACCCGAUAAUAAUAGUCGAUUAAUAUCACGUUGCUAUUAUGGUAAAUUAUCACGUCAAAUCAUCAAGUCGCAUGUUACUACUUCAUCUAAAAACUCACCAACUUCACUUGUCCCUCCACUAUCGUCUAUAAUAUGCUCUGAGAAUACACGAGUUUAUAGUCACCGAUGGUCUUUGUUAUCCAUUUUAAGGACUCGUUCACCAUCUGAUUCGGGAAAUGUUACCCAUAUACCUUUUAACUCAGGAAAUCGACCUUCCAAGUAUGCACGAUUAUUUCGACGUUUAUCAUCAAUUAUGACAUCAUCGUCGACAAAGUUGGACAUUUCAAGACCUACAGCAACAACGUCUUUCACACCAGCCGAUGAAACUGUCAGUCUUGAACGAUUUCGUAUUUGCUAUCCGCCUUUAAUAUUAAAAGAUUAUAUUUUGGAAGAUAUAAGUGAUGAUAGUAUUCCUUCAACUAUAUUGAAAUUUCCUUUUUCCGCAGAAAAAGCUCAUCAAAAUUUAUUCAAACUCUCUCCUUAUGAACAUAGUGUAAAACGAAAAUCUGGAAGAACUUCAGCCAAACAAUCCGAUUUAUUACAUUCACACGAAAAGAUUAUAUCAAGAACAUCUCGUGAAACAAAAUGGUUUUCUUCGUCAUCAUUGACUAGUAAUAAAACUUCAUCGUUGUUACGAAAAUCUCGAAAAACAAUAUCUAGAGAGUUUCUGUUUCAAGCGUCUAGUCUGCAGGAUAAAAAAUUUUGGAUAACUACACUGACACCACUUGUUCGCAGUUAUUAUCAAAGAGAAUCAUGCAACGACUUGGUUUUAGUUUAA